AUGUCCGAACCUCAAACACUGGAUGUCGCGACAGAAGGCUCCAAUGAGUCUAAUGUGACCUCCCCGCGAUCGAGCAUUGACUCCCGCCCGUCUUCGGUUGCAGGACGAACUCCGCGGCUACCCCACGUCUCAUCGAAUCACCAACACCGAACGAGCUUCAGCGAAUCUCUCCGCGCAGCACCCGGAUCCCCGCGCGCCCGCCGCCAGCCCUCAUUCACCCAGUCCGCUAUACAGAGUCUCAUCGACAACCCGCCGGCCCCGCACAAUGUGAACUCUGCGUUCCUUGGUCGGGACUGGCGGGAAAUAUCGAUCGGGGAGCUGGUGAGCGAGGAUGACUUAAAGUUCGUGGAACUUGAUACCGGUAUUGAGGAGGCUACAAAUGUUCUCAUUGACACUGGAGCGCCAGUGUUGCUGAUUCGCGAGACACCUGAGCAGAACACCGCAGUCGGGACAUUCGACUAUAAUGACUUGAAUACGUACCUUUUGCUCGCCGCGGGGUUAACCCGACCAGAUGAAGAACUACUUCCAGCUUAUGAAGAGCUCGCUCGCAAGGCUCACGAAAACAUUCCCAUCCCGAUGAGAGACGUAAAAGAACUUGGGAGAAAGGAACCGCUGACGACACUCCCGGCGUCAGCCAGCGUGAUGAGAGCGGUUGAGACAUUUGGUGGCGGAAUACACCGUGUUAUUGUGGUUGAUGAACAGCGAGAUGAUGAGGUUCUGGGCAUCUUCAGCCAGUUCCGGCUCGUCAAGUUUUUGUGGGAGAAUGGGCGUUGCUUCCCCGUUCUUGACCAGUUAUAUCCGCAGCCGCUGCGAGAUCUGAAGAUAGGAUCCCACGCUGUUAUUUCAAUCAAUGGCGACAAGAUGCUCUGCGAGGCGCUGCAGUUGAUGCACAGUGAAGGAAUAUCGUCUGUGGCAGUUGUUGACAACCACAGCAACGUCGUUGGAAACAUAUCUACCACUGAUGUCAAGCUACUUACGAGAUCGUCGUCACUUCCGCUGCUCACCAACACAUGCACGCAUUUCAUCUCCGUGAUUCUUUCCACUCGGGGACUCCAAGAAGGCAAAGAUUCAUUCCCAGUUUUCCACGUCCAUCCAGGAUCGACGCUCGCACACACAGUAGCCAAAGUGGUGGCUACCAGGUCCCACCGGCUAUGGAUUACUGACCCUCUAUCGCCGUCAUCAUCUGGGCCCCCAACACCCUCUCACUCAAUGGUGCACAUCCCACUCCAUCCCACAGGGAGCAAUAACGCACAGUCGCCGCCACAAUCGCCAAACCCGGCGACGGCGCAGCUGCCUCCGGCCGCAGCACCAUACGUGAGCCCGACCCCUCUUACGCCAGCCAUCCCGGCGUCCGCACUACCAGGUGCUCGACUAUCCGGACGUCUGGUGGGUGUCGUGAGCCUGACUGAUGUAUUAAAUCUGCACGCGCGAGCCAGCGGGUUGAGCCCGGCAGACCCAGCCGAGAGCCGCAGCCGACGACGACGAAGCAGCAGUUCCAGCAUCAGCGUGCGGCAGAGCGGGGAGAUUGGGCGGGAGCUAUUUAGUAGAUGA